AUGCAAAGUUUUCAAACUUUAUUUAGAGCGUUAGUUCGUUCUUUUUCACAUAAUUUUAAUCCAGCGAUUUUACGUUCCCAAAGUGCGAUAACGCAAAAUAACCCAUUUUUACACUUCUCAAAAGUAUUUUGCAGACGACUAGAAACGCGUCAUAUAAGAAUUGGUUAUAUUUCAACUGAAAAUUUUCUCAGUUUAUUAGGCCAACGUUACCAUUAUUGUACCAAUGCCCAUGAGCAAAAUUCACAGUCAAAAAAUGUUCCUGUUAUCGAUUGGAAAACUUUAUCAUUCUACUCAUUUCAUGUAAUUCCCGAUUCAUAUCUACCAAAAACACGUGAAUUACUUUUAUCCAAGUUUGGUGAAAUGGGGAUAGUUGGUAGGAUAUAUAUCGCGACUGAAGGUAUCAAUGCUCAAUUAUCAUGUCCAGUUGAACAAUUGGAUAACUUGAGAAAAUUUUGCAAUCAAGAAUUGAAGCUAGAGGAUGUAGAAUUUAACUUUUCAACAAAUCACGUGAAAGCUUUUCGAAAAUUAAAUGUUAAAAUCAGAAAUCAGAUUGUUACUGAUGGUUUAGAAAAAGGAUCUUACGAUUUGUCUAAUCAACCGAAGCAUCUUUCUCCUGCUGAAUGGCAUACCGCGUUGUCUAAUGCUAAUACACCAAUUAUUCUAAUUGAUAUGAGGAAUCACUAUGAAAGUGAAAUUGGUUAUUUUGAAAAUUCUAUUCGUCAAGAUGUGGAUACUUUUCGCGACAGUAUAAUUUCUGUGAAUAAGAUACUUGAAGGAAAACAAAAUGAAGAUAUUUAUAUGUAUUGUACUGGUGGCAUUCGAUGUUCAAAGGCUGGAGCAAUACUCCUCUCAAAUGGAUUUAAGUCUGUCUAUGUUUUAAAGGGCGGAAUUACGGCAUAUGGUCGUUACAUUACUUCAAAUCCAUCAAUUACUUCAUUAUACAAAGGUCGUAACUUUACAUUUGAUAAACGUCUUGGAGAACCGAUCACCAACGAUGUAGUUUCUCAAUGCCAUACUUGUGGUGAACCAUGUGAUACUCACACGAAUUGUAGAAAUAAAACUUGCAAUUUAUUAUUUAUACAAUGUCAAGAGUGUAGAAAGAAAUUAAGCAGAACAUGCGGUAGUGAAUUUUGUUUGCGUCUAGUUCAAGCUUGGGAUGAAAAAUUUGGUAGACCUUCCGGAUUUGAUGAUGUAAAACCUAAUUAUCAGUGCGUUUAUGAUCAUGUUCAUCGGACACGUCCAAAAUUAGUGAUUGAACGACUAGGUGGGACGUCUGCGAAUGUACCGUCGGAUUUAGUUGAAAUGCUUUUGGAAAAAAAUUCAAUCAUUAAACAUUAG